AUGGACAACGAUCCCCCCAACGACGAACGCUCCAAAAUCAGCCGCCCCAAAGAGCCUGAAUAUCUUCCCGCCAAAACUUUCCAAGGACACGCCCUCACGCGCGCUAAAAAAUUGGGGUCUCCAAUCCACUCAAAUGAGUCGUCUUCUUCCGCUUCCAUGACAACGCCCACCAUUCGAGCGCUGGUCGUAGACGUCGAUGGACCGACUACAUCUCACCACGAAGACAUAAACGACGAUGAAGGAGAUGAUGAAUACGAAGAAGAUGUCUCAUCCUCAGGUUCAUCAACACCCAAAGCUUCUCGGCAAUCAUCAUUCAGUGCUUCUUCUUAUAGCCUAGGAAAUCCGCCGGCAUAUAUCAUUGAGCGCCCAUCGACGCCUAGGGCUUCUCUUCGUCGAUCAGAGCAAUCCUACAGUUUGUCGCCUACACUGCCAGCAGUUGCAUACUCGCCCCCGGCUUAUGAGUGUUAUGGGUAUGGUUAUGCCAAUCGUCAGCGUCGUGUGAAUGAGUCGAUGGAGAAGGUCAGACCCGCGCAGUCGGAGCAGGAAGUUCUUGAUGCCAUGAUCGAUGACCUCGCGCGCGGGAGUCAGCGAAAUGAUCAAGAUGGUGAUGAUGGCCCGACUGAAAGAGGUCUGGAACUUAACCCUGCGCGAAGUCUGAGACGGGAACGGCGCUGA